AUGGCAAAGAGCUUGCCAUCGAAACCCCCUGUUGAGGAAAAGCCAACAAAGCCAGCUCCUGAAGAGAGUGGCGCUCCUCCUCAAGAACCAACUGCACCGAAGGACAAGACCCCCCCACCUCCAACUUCCGGCAUCAAGGAGCCAGAACCCUCACCCUCAGGAGGGCCAGUGCCAACGAAACCCCCUGUAGAAGAAAAGCCAACAAAGCCAGCUCCUGAAGAGAGUGGCGCUCCUCCUCAAGAACCAACUGCACCGAAGGACAAGACACCCCCACCUCCAACCUCCGGCAACAAUGAACCAGAACCCUCACCUUCAGAAGGGCCAGUGCCAUCGAAACCCCCUGUUGAGGAAAAGCCAACAAAGCCAGCUCCUGAAGAGAGUGGCGCUCCUCCUCAAGAACCAACUGCACCGAAGGACAAGACACCCCCACCUCCAACCUCCGGCAUCAACGAGCCAGAAUCAUCACCCCCAACUCCAGGCCCAGAAGACUGUACUCCAGGCUGGUCUGAUUGGUACGAUGAGCAAUAUCCUGAUGAAGAAAAUGGCGGAGAUGAGGAAUCUUACCAGAAGGUCAUAGCCUCAGGGAAAGUGGUUUGUCUGCCUGACUCACCAGUGCAAAACAUUGAAUGCAAAGCAGAGAGAUUCCCUAAUACCCCAUGGCAGGAAUUGGGCCAGACAAUCACUUGUGACAAGAAUAAAGGACUGAAAUGUGUAAGUGAGGAUCAAGGAGGACUACCAUGUUACAACUACAAGGUCAGAUUCUGCUGCUCCAGAGCAAGUGGACCCCCUGCACCAACUCCAUCUUCACGAAGCCCAGAACCAACUGGAUCGAAGGACAAGACACCCGCACCUCCAACCUCCAGCAACAAGGAGCCAGAACCAUCACCCCCAAGUCCAGGCCCAGUGACACCCAAACCCCCGGUUGAGGAAAAGCCAACAAAGCCAGCUCCAGAAGAGAGUGGCGCUCCUCCUCAAGAACCAACUGCACCGAAGGACAAGACACCCCCACCUCCAACCUCCGGCAUCAAGGAGCCAGAACCCUCACCCUCAGGAGGGCCAGUGCCAUCGAAUCCCCCUGUUGAGGAAAAGCCAACAAAGCCAGCUCCUGAAGAGAGUGGCGCUCCUCCUCAAGAACCAACUGCACCGAAGGACAAGACACCACCACCUCCAACCUCCAGCAACAAGGAACCAGAACCAUCACCCACAACUCCAGGCCCAGACGACUGUACCCCAGGCUGGUCUGACUGGUACGAUGAGCAAUAUCCUGAUGAAGAAAAUGGCGGAGAUGAGGAAUCUUACCAGAAGGUCAUAGCCUCAGGAAAAGUGGUUUGUCUGCCUGACUCACCAGUGCAAAACAUUGAAUGCAAAGCAGAGAGAUUCCCUAAUACCCCAUGGCAGGAAUUGGGCCAGACAAUCACUUGUGACAAGAAUAAAGGACUGAAAUGUGUAAGUGAGGAUCAAGGAGGACUGCCAUGUUACAACUACAAGGUCAGAUUCUGCUGCUCCAGAGCAAGUGGACCCCCUGCACCAACUCCAUCUUCACGAAGCCCAGAACCAACUGGAUCGAAGGACAAGACACCCGCACCUCCAACCUCCAGCAACAAGGAGCCAGAACCAUCACCCCCAAGUCCAGGCCCAGUGACACCCAAACCUCCGGUUGAGGAAAAGCCAACAAAGCCAGCUCCAGAAGAGAGUGGCGGUCCUCCUCAAGAACCAACUGCACCGAAGGACAAGACACCCCCACCUCCAACCUUCGGCAUCAAGGAGCCAGAACCCUCACCCUCAGGAGGGCCAGUGCCAUCGAAACCCCCUGUUGAGGAAAAGCCAACAAAGCCAGCUCCAGAAGAGAGUGGCGCUCCUCCUCAAGAACCAACUGCACCGAAGGACAAGACACUCCCACCUCCAACCUCCGGCAUCAAGGAGCCAGAACCCUCACCCUCAGGAGGGCCAGAUUAA